CCGACGCCAGGAGCCCCAAAUACAGAAGCUUUGCCACGCAACAGCAACGAAGACUGAGAUGGCAUCGAGAACGAAUGAAGAACGGUCUCGAGAAGCGAAAGCUCUUUCCGUUGCUGUUGAAACCCCAUUACCCGCGUAUAAGUAUCCCCCCCUCAGCUCUCAUCGUCCUUCUAAACUCAUCAUCUGAUGAACACAACAUUCUUUUCGAGCAACGAUCUGCCUUUUCUUGCCCUCUUCCUCAAGCACUCAGCUAUACUCCCUCUAACCGCACAUCAGCAUGGCCUCCAAGACCAUUGAAGAAGCCAGUCCUGGUCAGAUUCAUGCCAAGAUCGUCGAUGACGCACAAAACAUUAUGCGCCAGUUCAACACUCCUGUCGCAUCUGCCGACCUACUGAACAAGAUAAUGGAGCGGGAACUGAGGAGGACCACUGCUCCGGCGGAGUGGAACACCUACCACCAGAUGACCAAUUUACAUCGUCUGCAACUAGAGACGUUGUUUGGCAUGAUACACAGUGUCGACGAAAAUGCCUGCGGAGGAUGGCAACCUCGGAUGACAUGGUGGGACACGCGUGUCGUGAUACUAAGAGCGGUACUUGUGUCUCUAGCUAGCCUGAUCUUUGUCAGAACUAGUACGAUCGUUACCAUGGGAACCUAUGGCGCAUCAUCCCUCGAACGUGCCGGAGAGGAACAAUUGGCGGCGCAGCUGAUCUCGAACGAAGGCAUUGCUUCCCUCAAAGCUGAUUGUGAGCUCAUCCUCAAGCUCGUCACUAAACUCAUCGAGCCCCCUACCCCGAAGAACCCCCAAUAAGCACUACAUGGGGACGAUGGCCGUGGCACUUCACCAUUUCUGCUCGGCUCGGAGGACAUUCGUGUGUGAGAUUCCUAGCAAGGCGGGUACUAUGAAACUUCUGGACAGACACUUGGCAGGAUAUUUGGAGCAAUAGACAAGAACACACCUUUAUCUGCUCACCGUGCAAUUUCCCGAGUUUUCGAAACCACGAGCAUUUCCUGAAACCAUUUUGAGUAGGAUCAAGGAGAUUGGCGAAAAAAAACUUGCCAUUCCGCUGAAACCAUUCUCAUGAUAUCGAAGGGUAAGGCAGAUUCCCAAAACGUACCUAAUAAUAGUGGCUAAGCCCGGCCGGCUGGUUGGGUCGGGUCCCCAGAGACCGGAGGCCCGGAGCUAGUACUUGUAGGCCGGAGGUACAGGCCGGGAGGUGGUCGGUAACCAAUGGCAAGCGCGGAAAGUGUCGCACCAGCGCAGUUGACCAAUAAGAAAGUCCUCGCUAGCCA